AUAGCGGCUGCGUAGGAGACUAGUCCAGUGACUAAGAUGGCGGAAAAGUUGAGUAUAGUUGUCAUUCUUAGUCUUUGUGUUUACCUCUCUUUUCCUUACAAAACAGAUUCGAGAUCCUUCACAAUUGAUUAUGAGAAUAACAUCUUCCUCAAAGAUGGUCAACCAUUUCGUUAUGUCUCUGGGAGUGUGCAUUAUUCUCGUGUUCCACGUUUUUAUUGGAAGGACCGGCUUCAGAAAAUGAAGUAUGCUGGAUUGAACGCCAUACAAACGUAUAUUCCAUGGAACGUCCAUGAAGCAGAAGAAGGAAAAUUCAAUUUUGAAGGGGAAAAUGACCUAGUGGAAUUCAUCAAGAUGGCUGAUUCUAUUGGUCUUCUUGUCAUCUUAAGACCAGGGCCUUAUAUCUGUGCGGAAUGGGAUUUUGGUGGCUUUCCUUCUUGGCUUCUUAAGAAUCCUGCAAUCCUUCUGAGAUCAUCCAAAGAUAAAAGAUAUAUUGAUGCUGUUGAUAAAUACAUGGAUGUUCUUCUUCCAUUGAUCCAACCACUUCUCUACCAUAAUGGAGGCCCUGUCAUUUCUGUCCAGGUUGAAAAUGAAUAUGGCAGCUACUUUACAUGUGAUCACGAUUACAUGGGUCAUCUAGAGAAACUCUUCCGUCAACACCUUGGCAACCAGACUAUUCUCUUCACAACUGAUGGCUUCAGUAAGAGUAUGCUUAAAUGUGGUUCAUUACCCAGCUUGUUCACUACUGUGGACUUUGGAACAGGGAUAGACCCAGCCAAACCUUUCAAAAUUCUGCGAGAAUUCCAACCAAAUGGACCACUAGUUAAUUCUGAGUUCUACCCUGGAUGGCUAGAUCACUGGGGAGAGCAACACCAGAAAGUUAAUGCUGCACAUGUAGCCAAAUACCUUGACAUGAUACUUGCCAUGAAUGCUUCUGUCAAUAUGUACAUGUUUGAGGGAGGCACUAGUUUUGGAUUUAUGAAUGGAGCUAAUUGUGGAUCAAAUGCCAGCCAAUUCCAGCCACAACCAACAAGCUAUGACUAUGAUGCACCUUUAAAUGAAGCUGGUGAUGCUACGCAGAAGUAUUUUGUUAUAUUAGAGAUCAUUGCUAAAUACAUGGGGCCACCCUCUGGGAUGCUUCCUCCUUCAACUCAAAAAUAUGCUUAUGGAAGAGUUAACAUGACUAAGGUGUCUGGACUGUUGGAUGUGCUUCCCAUUCUCUCACCUUUAGGACCUGUGAAAGCAAGAGUCCCUCUUACUAUGGAACAAAUAGGACAGAACUAUGGGUUUGCCAUCUAUGAGACACAAAUCCCUUCCAAAUACACCCACAGCACUGUUACUAUCAGCAUUCCAGGUGUAAGGGACAGAGCUAUCAUCUAUGUUGGAGAGAUUCGUCAAGCAACCAUAUCACGCACUGGAAAUACAACUGCUGUUCUGACUGUUGGUGCCUUUCUUUCUCUGGCUAUUCUCGUAGAGAAUAUGGGUCAUGUUAACUAUGGACCAUACCUGACGGACCCCAAAGGGAUCCUUGGUAACGUUGCCAUCAACGAUGAGAUCCUUCUCGAGUGGACCAUGUAUCCAUUGGACCUAACGAAGUUCCUUGGGUAUACUAAACAUCAUUUGAAGGGUUUAUCGAGCGAUUCUGAUACUCCGAAUGCCCCGACUUUCUUCACUGGUAGUAUCCCUCCAGCCAGUGAUGGUAUACCAAAGGAUACGUAUUUGAAUGUCAAGAACUGGCAUAAAGGGCAGGUUUUUAUCAAUGGAUUUAAUGUUGGUCGUUACUGGCCUGUCGUUGGACCUCAGGAAACUCUAUACGUUCCCGCAAGCAUUCUUUACUCUGGUCAGAAAACUAGUACGCUAGUGCUUCUAGAACUGGAUGAGAAUCCCUGUGACUACCCAGAGACGUGUUUCGUAACAUUUGAUAAGACCCCGAUCCUUGAUGGACCUGUUAAACCACUUGCCAAACAAAGGAGCAAGAUUGCUAAACCUUCAGAUCCUUGGAUUUCUAAGUAUACGAGGGAUGAAAGCCGCUGGGAUGUAAAGGACAAUGCAGUGGACGCACUUCUGAAGAAAGCUAUUAAGGGUUUCCAUCGUAGGGUUUUGUAAAAUACUGUGAGGUUAUAUUGGUAUUGGGUCUGGGAG